AUGCUGCCGCCCUCUUACGACAAGGUCUCUGAGGAGACCAAGAAGGUGGUGCAGCUAUUCAUGGCCCAUGCACGUGGGUUCCUCCAGGGAAGGGGCAAGUCUGACUGGGAGGCUCGUACCAUCCUGGAGAACUAUGAGACAGAAGCGACGUGCAAUGCUCUCAAAAUGGCAGAUGGAGGUUGGGAGGAGAGCCGGCAACCGUGUUCUGCUGAGCAGUUUGUCCAGUGGUUUGCUGAACUGGUUUGGGAUGGAUUGACAGACGAUGAUCACACACCCUUCCCUUACAAUUUCAGCGCGGCUGUAGUUGGAGGGCCACUCUCGACGGAGUUUCUGGAGGCGAUUGGCAAGACCGAGGCAGAGGUUCUAGGAAUGAUCAAGAAGGAGAGCAGCCCCGAGGAGGGUGUCAAGCUGGCGUUGCAUACCAUACCGGCCUUUGUGAAGACAGAGACCUCGCCGCCGGGAACCCCAAACGCCCCGGCCGUACCUAGCGACCCGCUGGCGCUACUGGCGCAGCGGCUGAAAGCGGAACUACAGUCAUCAGAAAACAAUUCAAUCCUUGGGAAAAGAAAGAAUGACGAGCCCGACACCACCUCACGCAAGAAAGGACGCGGAAAUGACGAACAGAGGGUGCCACCAGCGUCCCGCGACACGAAUCGCACAUACAAGCAAUGGGGUGCCACUUUGACCGCCGAAGACGAACAGCUCAUGGACGUCAGCCUCAUGAACAACAUCUGGUACUCCAAUGUUAGCAAACGGCUCAGGCGUGGUCAUGGCUCAUAUUGUUUCAGAGUCAAGAUUCCCAAGGAAAAGGGCUGGUCGCUGCUCGGACAAGACAUCGCAAGAGUCUUCGGUUUCAUACGCACGGAUUGGCGCCCUAUACGACUAUACACGUAUGAAUCAGACCGUUUCUUACACGUCGGGCUGAUGGUCAGGAAGUGCCAGACAAAGGAAAAGAAUGUGGAUGUGGUGCGCGACAAACUGCCGGAGCUGUUUCGCAUCCUGAGGCGAUGGUCUGUCCAAGCACAGCGCAGUGAGAAGGCCGACGGCCUCGCGGACUUUCUCGAUCUCAACCGGUACAUGGGGGCAUAG